AUGGCAGACAAUUCCACCGCCUCUGCCCUUGCUGGGCAAUGGCGCAAUCCAGCUGGCUUCAUGUCCCUCUUGAUGAUAAUCGGAGGCCCCGUCAUACAGUCAGCACUUGCCCAACUCACCGGACCAUCUUUCGUCCCCAUCUGUUUUAGCUUCGGCUGGGUGUCGUACGCAUUCUCUACCAUAAGUGUCUUGGUCGGCGAUGGACGUUUGAUGCCACCCGCAGACUACGCCUGUAAAGUUAUCAAUCUCGAAAACGGCUAUACACGAACAAACAGAUCUUGGAUUGUUGGUCGAUUAUUGCGAGAUCUGGAAAAGCCGCUUACGAAUGAAGCAUUGCGGGUUGAGGUUUAUGAAGCCGUCGAUACUCCUGGUGGAAAGUUUCUGGCAGGGGGCAAAUCAAGAUGGUUUGGAUUGGGGGCCAUUCUCAUUCAACUCGGCAUCACUAUCAUACCAUUGAAAUGCUUUGGUGACUGGGGUCCUUUGAUGAUUACCGUAUUGGGAACUAUCGGAGCCGUUGCAACGGCGGCAUUACCUCAAUGGAAAGUGGAGAAGUUGGCCUGUCGGGUUAAAUCGGCAAAAAGGAUAGCGAUUACCACAGGGAAUGGGUCGCGCCAUGUGGUAGUGAUUCUGGGGAAAGUGGGUAGCUUGGAUAUCGAAGAUCUAGCCGCGGCAGAAGGACCACGCCAACCAAGGUCAUGGAACGAAUUCAAAUGGUGCGUGAGGUACGUGGAUGAAAGUGGCAAGGAGGUAAAGGUUUCUCGGACAGAAGCCUUUAAGGAAUACAUGAAAGAGAAGGGCAUUGUCACUGUGUGGAAUGGGACCUGGCUAGGUGUUAGGUGUUUUCAAUGGUACAAAAGCGGAGGGGGCGAAGCGGUGCCACGGGCGAGCAGCAAAGACGUCAUGGAAUCCUACAUGAAGAAACGAAAGCUUAGGGACGAAGAAAAACUCUUCCGUGGCCUUCCGAUAGGCUUCUGGAUAACCAGGCUCUUAUGUGGAAUUCUCAUACUUCUUUGGGCAGCAGUUCUCAUCUCAGUAAUGGCCCUGAAAGAAAGAGUAUGGUAUUUGGUCGGGGUUGGGACAGUUGGCAUGAUCCAGAACGCUACCGCUGCGGCGAUGAGCCGAACGCCAGAGGCUCGUGGCAUCCAUUUGAAAAGGGGCAAGAUGAUCUUCAUUGGACAAAAGGUUAUGGAUGUGUUGAUGGAUCUUGAUACGUGGCAGCCUGGAUGUGGCAGGUCUCUGCUCAAGGAAUUUUUCCCUGCAGGGCUUGAUGUUCCUAAGGAUAGAGGGGAGAAUGACUGGUGGGAGGAAAAGAAAAGGAAAGAUGAUGAAAACAGGGGAGCGAGUGUGGGAGAAAGCGGAAAGCAAAAGGCACCGUCGGAAACGAAAAAGAGUUACGGUCAAGGUAAAGAUAAAUAUGAUCAAGAGCGCUAUGAAGAUGAGAAUCGCCGGAAAAGAUGCAACAGUGAAGAGGUUGAGUAACCCGGUGUAUGAUGAUAGUGGUAGGGUUUGCUGGUUAGUCACUAUAGCCUGUUCUAUAUAUAUAUAGGAAAGGGUCGCCUAGAUCACAUUUAUUGAAAAAUAAUCAAGUUUUGAGUUA